AUGACGUCCGCACUCGACGGCCCCAACGCCAUCUCCUACCCGCUCGACGGCACGGUGAGCAAGGCGCUUCUGAUCGUCACCCCCGCCUUCGCUCGCGAGCGAGACUUUGUGCAGUACCUCAAGUACAAGCUCUACGAUGCCGGCUUCAUCGUCGUGCGUGAAGAGCUGCGCCUGCUGAACAGCGAAAUUGCAGAGAAGAUGGCAGUGGAGCUGGACAGGUCGCUUGUACCGCCUGUUGCAGCCCCUCCUGCAGAGUCGGGGACUGAGGAUGUGCGGACGCCAGCAGACUUUCCCAUGUCGCUGCUGCCGGCACCGCAUAGCCUGGUCGGUAUGACGCACAUGUUUGUCGUGGCUCGUACCAACUGCCAUGAGCUGCUGAAGUCCUUCAUCGCAACACAGCUGUGCGGUGAGGACGCCGAUGUGCUGGACGCAUUCCUCACAAAGCACCACGUGCAGGGUCGCGAGCUGCCCUUCUGGACUUCGCUGACGGCGAAUGGCGCGAAGAAGUCCGUUGCACUGCUAUUCCCUCGCAUGCUGGCCGAGGAUGUGCCGACGUCGGCCUUGUCGCGGGAGUACGUGCAAGCAAAUCUGAAGCAAGCGCUGGUGCCAACCUUGGCGAGGCUGGCCAGGCAGAAACCUGCGGACCCGCUGCGGUGGCUGGCGAUGGAGCUGCUGACAAACAACACGCAGGCCCCACCGAUGGUGUCGAACCCCUACUAG